AAAAAGCUGUCCCUGGAAUUUUUCGAACCACUUCAUCUUUGUGGUGGAGCUGAAGGAUUGGCUGAACCGUUGUUUCAGGGUGGUAUGUCUUUUGAGGAAGUGGCCGUGUAUUUCUCCAAGGAGGAGUGGUCUCAACUGGAUGCGGGCCAAAAAGCGCUCCACAGAGAAGUUAUGCUGGAGAAUUCCAGAAAUCUGGCUUCUCUGAGCUAUAGUGGGCAGAAGAAUAAGAAUUGUAAGGAGGAAGGCCAAGCGAUCCAUUUGAAAGAGGGGAAAGAGAAGCGAUAUCAAUGCAUGGAAUGUGGAAAGACAUAUAUUCAUACCAGUAGUCUCAAUUCCCAUAAGAGGAUCCACACAGAAGAGAAGCCAUAUCAGUGCAUGGAAUGUGGAAAGAACUUUAGGAGGAAAAACAUUCUGAUUCAGCAUAAAACUAGCCACACAGAAAAGAAGUUAUAUCAAUGCAUGCAAUGUGGAAAGAGCUUCUCUUAUUAUAGCUCUCUUAUAAGACAUCAAAGCAAUCAUAAAGGAGAAAGACCUUAUAAAUGCAUGGAGUGUGGAAAGGCCUUUACUUGCAGUAGUAAUCUCAAUUCCCAUAAGAGGAUCCACACAGGAGAGAAACCAUAUCAAUGUAUAGAAUGUGGAAAGACCUUUCCUUGUAGCAGUAGUCUCCAUUCCCAUAAGAGGAUCCACACAGGAGACAAACCAUAUCAAUGCAAGCAGUGUGGAAAGAGCUUUACUUGCAGUAGUAGUCUCAAUUCCCAUAAGAAGAUCCACACAGGAGAGAAACCAUAUCAAUGCAUGGAGUGUGGAAAGACUUUUACUCAUAGUAGUACUCUCAAUUCCCAUAAGAAGAUCCACACAGGAGAGAAACCAUAUCAGUGCAUGCAGUGUGGAAAGUCCUUUCCCUGUAGCAGUCGUCUUAAUUCUCAUAAGAGGAUCCACACAGGAGAGAAGCCAUAUCAGUGCAUGGAGUGUGGAAAGAGCUUUACUUUCAGUAGUAGUCUCAGUUUCCAUAAGAGUAUCCACACAGGGGAGAAACCAUAUCAAUGCUUGAAGUGUGGAAAGACCUUUCCCUGUAGCAGUGAUCUUAAUUCCCAUCUGAGAAUCCACACAGGAGAGAAACCAUAUCAAUGCAUCGAGUGUGGAAAGAGCUUUACUUUCAGUAGUAGUCUCAGUUCCCAUAAGAGGA